GCCACCGUCACAGUCGCGCGCGGUCCUGCCGCGAGGGUCGACCCCGUCCGCGCGCGACGGAGGUUGUGAGGUACUUAAAUACUGUUGUGAAUGCUCGCCGGCCGUGGUGGUCGCUCAUUUGGCGAUUUGUGAGAACUCGAAGGAACUGCUCGUUCGUGACAGCUAAAGUGCGAUGCUCGGCUUUCGCUGAUCGGCAUAAUGGGGCGACGAAAAGCACCUGAGAAGAUUAUCAGGAAGCCAUUCAUUCUAACAAAAGAUGAGCCCGAUUUGGUGCUGGAAGAUCUGCCUACGGAAAUGUUGUUCAGGAUUAUGAGGUUCCUAGCAAUUGAUGACCUCUAUGCAAUCCGAAUGGCCAGUCCCCGGCUGUACAGCGUCGCCGGGGCCGAGGUGCGACGAAGACACUUCCGCACCCUGAUGUACACCGACAAGAGUCUCCCGGCCGUCAUCGACGACGCCAAGCUGGCCUGGAUGGUGUCCAACAUGCCGCUGCUGCAGACCAUCAACCUGGGACGCGUUACACCCGAGUGCCAGCCGCUCUCACUGGGCGUUAUAGCCGAAUACUGCUCGUCUCUGAGAAGGAUCGACUUUCGGCGGUUCCGGUUCACGAGAGACCACUUCGAAAAGUUAAUUGCCAACUGCCCCAAUUUACUGAAGAGGCAGUACGGCGUGCGAUUCCGGAUGUCUAUUUAUGAAGAGAUCGACGACUUUGAGCUGCAGACCUGCGUGAAGAUCACCAGGCCAGAACCGGAGGAACCAGUCACGUACCGGAGCAGGAAGGGUCGAGAAAGAAGCAGAAGAUCAGUAGAGGAGCCUGGAGCUCAACGUGAUUCGGUAUGAGAUGCAUUAAAUGUGGACAGUUGUGGCGUGGUUUAUUUUCAGCGGUGGUGUAUUUUCUUAUGUCGUUGUUUUUCUUAUGUCGUCGUUGUUAUGCGGACGUCGUUUGACCUCUGCAUUCAGCAAUAUGAAUAUCAUGAUGAACAGUGAACACCAAUGAACGCAUUGAAGUGGUUGGCUCGUGGUACAUUAGUUUCGCUGAGAGGUCGAAUGGGCUUGGCCCAAUGGUAAAGUAUGAUUAUAGUGCUCGAAUCAGUUCCUAUCUGUAUGCAGAUACAUGCUUUCAAAAGAUGUUCAUUGUGCGAGCAUUUAUGUGCCUCCUUUUUUUAGUUGACCGUUCAUUUUUCGUUCUUACUCCGGCAUCGAGAAAUUCGACAUUUUAUUUAACCGAGUGCUGAUGCGUAUUUCCUGUGUGUGUACAUACAUAUUUUCUCACCAUAA